UUAUUGAAAAUAUCUCACCUGAAGGUUGUUUGUUAAUUAUUUCCAGAGUACAAUAUUAAAACUAAAGACAAUUAGUUGAAUGGGAACCUAAGAACACACUUCUUCACAUUUUCAUCCUACUGCUCUAUACAAAGUUGUCGGAAAUUGACUAAGGUACCUUAGUUCAACGGCCAUGAAUCCAGCAGUAGGCAAACUGCCAGAUGGGUCACAAAUGUUAGGAGCCACUGCAGUUCAGCCAAUUGCUAUUCAGCAGCCGAUGGGGGUCAGGCAGCAGAUCCCGGCCACAAUUCCUGGGACCCCCUCGCAGGCCGAGACCAAGGUCCUGGACAAGCGGCGCCUUCAGGAGCUGGUGAAGGAAAUCGACCCCAUGGAGCAGCUGGAUGAGGAUGUUGAAGAGGCUUUGCUCAAUAUAGCUGAUGACUUCAUAGACAGUAUUGUGACCUCUGCUUGUCAAAUUGCCAAACAUAGGAAGUCCAGUACACUGGAGGUCAAGGAUGUUCAACUUCAUUUAGAGCGUAACUGGAACAUGUGGAUUCCUGGAUUUGGAAUGGAUGAUCUGAAGCCUUACAAGAAGGCCUCAGCCACAGAGGCUCAUAAACAGAGAAUGGCACUUAUCCGAAAGACUUUAAAGAAGUACUAGUGCAUAGUUUGGAGGUUAGAGCAUUGAGAACAACCAGUAAAUUAAUGCAAAAGUUGUGAAAAGUUAAAUCAUGAGAGUCUGAAGGCAAGACUUUGAACUAUUGGUAAAUCCUUUACCAUAAACGCUUCAUGAUGUAUGUGUGAACAGUUCGUUUCAUAACCUCAUUACAGAGGUUAUGGUAAUUGAUUUUGUAGGUAAUACACCUCUUUGGUGUCAUAUUGUUCUUGUAAUGUUUACUUAAAAAUAUUAUGUACAUUUUAUUCCAUUUGAAUAUAUUCUAAAUCAAAGUGUUGAGAGGUACAGUUAUCUCAAAUUAUUCUGUAUAAAUAAAGCACCGCAAUGUUAUUCAUAUGUAUGUGAAGGAAAACUUUCAUUAAGAUCAUCAUAAUUCUCAUCAUCAGACUCAUAAUAAACAUUUCUUAGUUACCUCA